AUGAAAAUAUUAAGAAGUAUUGUUGUAUCGGUAAGAAGUUGUAUUGAAGGAUCACGAGUUUUGUUUUGUUAUAACUCAGAAAAUGAACCAUUUAAUAAAUUUACUUUAGCUGGAAAUUUAGAACAAUCAGCAUUAGACCCUAGAAAUGUCAAAUAUUAUCAUGAGGCUGAAGCCUCUAUAGUUGAUUUCGGAUCAUUAUUAGUUCCAAGAAGAAUGAAAGAAGGUCCAUUUAUUUUUUCUGUUGAUAGACAUACAUUAGUUGGAUAUUUAAAAGAGUUUCCAGAAGAUGAUGAUGAGAAUGAAUUUACUUUAAUAAAUGUCGUUUUCUUUCUUCAAAAAGACUUUUAUGUUCCAGCAGUUAUUGAUGGAUUUGUUACAGCAUCAAGAACAAUAUCAAAUAGUUUAAUUUUUGAAGAAACAAGAAAUAGAUAUGUAUCUAAAGAAGUAAGAAAAAUAUUUAAUGUUCGUGAAAAGUUCUGUAGAGAGAAUUCUAAAAGAGAAACACCAUUGACAUAUAAGGAUUUAAUAUCAGAAAUCAUUUUAAAGUCUAAUCUUGCUGCAUCAAUACAAGACAUAUUCAUUAAUUUAAAAACUAAAGGUGUUGCUCAUUCAAAAAUAAAUAGUAAAUAUCUCUUACCUAUUUCAUUAAACGAUUAUGAAAAUAUUUUCUCAGAACAACUUCAACCAUAUCAUGCUUUAUUUUUAUUUAAAAAUCCAGAAGAAUGGAUUAAUAAUUUGGUUGAAAGCGAUGAACUCAUUUUACUCACUGAACAAUUUACACAUAUUCGUAGUAAAGAAUUUAUUAAUCAAGUUAAAACAAUUCUUCAAACAGCAACACCAAUGAAUAGUUUCCAAUAUCUCUCUAUGAUAACGAGUAUACCACUUGAAACUGUGUAUCAUAUUGCACGUUAUUUAGUAUAUUGGGGAAAAGCUAAAAUUAUUGAAGCAAUUCAAUUAGAUGAUAUUUAUGUAAUGUCCAAAAUACGUUCUCCAUUAUUAAAUGCAAAAGGAUCAUCAUAUACUUCAUCUAAAAUGAAUUACCAAACAGUAGAAAUAAGACCAUCUGUAUUAUUUACUAAAUAUGAAGAAGAAUGUCCAUGGAAAGAUAUAGGUAAAUUAUUAUCUUAUUUUGAAGAAAAGAAAUCAUUAGACAAUAUAAUUGAAAAUAUUCCUGAAGGUGAAUACGACGCAUUUACAGACUCUGUUGCAUGGCUUAUUUCAUUUGGAAUUUUAAAUCGCAUUAAAACUUAUAUUCUGUGUAUAGCACCUUCUUUUAUUGAAGAAAUAAAAAACAAAUUACAACCAACAUUAAUAGAACAAAAUCUUAUUAAAAUUUCUAAAUAUUUGACAGGACGUGUUGAUUUAAAAGAAAUGGGGAUUAAGGCGAAUGUAUCAAGGGAAGAUAUAGAACAAAUAAUGACCACAUAUCCAAAUCAACUUAUUUAUUUAUGUUAUGAAUAA